AUGAUGUGGAGGCUGGUGCUGUGCUGCCUCUUCGCGCGCGCUGGACGCCUGUCCUCGGAGCGGCUGUCCUUCUUUCACGGACAUGUUUUUGAGAACUCACCGACGGGAUCCAAAGUGAACGGACUGAGCGUCCCGGUGAGACGCCUGAACGCGCAGAGAUGGUGCCCGGUGUCCGGGCUGCACCUCAAACUCCACGGCAACGGGAGCGAAGACUUCCGAGUUUUGACUCACCAUAACAGGGGACACGUUCUGCUCAAAACUUGCCGUGUUUUGGACCGGGAGACGCGCGCGGAGUACGUCCUGGAGCUGUCCGUGCGCUGUGCGGGCUGCGGGCGGGACUGUGGCGGUGCGCACACCGUGGCUUCUGUAAAAGUGGACGUUUUAGACACGAAUGAUCACGAGCCCGUUUUUCGCAGUGCAGACGCGGUGCACAUAAGUUUAAACGACACGACCGCGCUGCGCAGCGCCGUGUUCAGGUUCGAGGCUGGAGACGCGGACAGCGGGAGGAACGCGGAGUUAACCUACACCUCUGUCCCGCAGAACGGGAGCUUCUACGUGGUCCCCAAAACAGGGGAACUUCUUUUAGUUGAUUCUAUCCUCGGCCUGCCAUCAAAAGUUCGAUUCCGCGUUUACGCGCGUGACCACGGCUGGCCCCCGCGGACCAGUGCCCCGGUCACGGUCACGGUGUCUCCGCAGCGCUGGCCCUCGGCUGAAGGAGCGGGGUCAGCUCGGGCCAGACGCGGGCCCAGGGCGUUACUGGACCCGGACACGCUCCUGUCUCUGAACGUGUCUGAGGACGCGAGUAUCGGCUCCGUCAUCACGAGUCUGAGUCCCAGCAGGUUUCAGUCCGCCGCCUACGAGCUGCUCCACCCCGAGCCCCACAAGACCCCCGUGAGCGUGGGGCGAGACACGGGAGAUAUCAUCAUCAUCAGGAGCCUGGACAGAGAGACUGAGCCUGUGGUGGAGCUCACCGUGAAGAUCCAGGACAAAAGAGGCCCAGACUGGUACCUGAACAAGGUGAAGCUGAAGAUUGCCGAUGUCAAUGACAACGUUCCCGAGUGGAGCAUGAGGCCGUAUCCGUACUUGGCUGUGGUGUCCCCGGAAGCCCCCGCCGGAACGUUCGUGUACCAGCUGCAAGCGUACGACGGGGACGAGGGCCGGAGCGGAGAGCUGGAGUACUUUCUGUCUGAUGGCGGUGACGGCUGCUUUGUAGUGGACAAGAAGACGGGCCAGGUGGCGAGCACGGGGUUGGUUCUUCAGCGGGACAGGGAGUACUUGUUAAGCGUGGUGGCUCUUGACGGCAUGGGCAGCCGCAGCGCGCCCGCCAUGCUGUCGGUGGUGGCGGGGACCCGGGCGCCGCAGUUCAACAACGCCAGCUAUGUCAUCGCCAUCCCCGAAAACACGCCUGAAGGACAACCAUUCAUGACCGUCGUCGCCGUAUCCUUCCAAAAACAGCCCAUCAGCUACAGCCUCUUGAUCAAUCCCAGCAGCCUUUUCAGCAUCCGGCAGGAGACGGGGGAGAUCAGUUUGACGAGGACUCUCGAUUACGAAAGCGAUCAGAGGAGAUACCUUCUGAUGGUGCGGGCCAGCGAGGAGCCGGGGAGCCUGAGCGCCGCUACGGAGGUUCAGGUGUUGAUAACCGAUGAAAACGACUGUAUCCCCGAGUUCCUACAAUCCAUCUACAGCGUGGACGGUGUCCCCGAAACGGUAACCACGGCAACGUCUUUGCUACAGGUUCUGGCCACGGACUGUGACUCGGGGUCGAACGCCGAGCUCACGUACUACACGCUCAGCCCCGACUUCAGCAUCUCCGCUCACGGGACGGUGUUUCCCGCGGGGAGGCUGGACUACGAGAGGCCCAACCAUCUGUACGAGUUUGUGGUGAUGGCGGUGGACGGCGGGGACGAGCCUCAUUCUGGCACGGCGACGGUCCGGGUGCGGAUGGCCAAUGUCAACGACGAAGCUCCAGAGUUCUCCCAGCCAGUAUAUCGAACGUUCGUUUCCGAAGACGCGGGUCCCAACACUCUCGUUGCCACAGUUCUAGCUAAAGACCCAGAUGGCGAUGGCAUAAUCUACUCCAUAACGGCGGGGAAUGAGGAAGGAAAUUUCAUCAUAGACAGCCAGAAAGGGUUGAUUCGCCUCCGCUCCAGUCCCCUUCCGAAGCUUCAAGGCCUGGAGUAUGUUCUGAACGUGAGCGCCACCGACGACAACGCGUCAGGAGGCCCGCACGCUCUGUCCUCCACCGCCCGUGUCAUCGUCGGCGUGGAUGAUGUCAACAACAACAAGCCUGUUUUUGAAGAGUGCCAGCGGUAUCGGGAGCAGGCCUCGGUGCUAGAGAACCAGCCAACAGGGACUUUUGUGUUGGAAGUGCACGCCGUGGAUGCAGAUGAGGGAGCAAAUGGGAAAGUCAAAUACGGCUUAAUGCACAGAGACAGCGCGAUGGCGGCGUUCAGAAUAAACCCAGAAACAGGAGAGAUCGUGACGGCCAGACGUUUUGACAGGGAGCGCCAGAGAGAGUAUUCAAUUACAGUAACAGCCACGGACUGGGCCGAGGAGCCGCUCAUCGGCAUCUGCACGCUCACCAUCCAAAUACUCGACCAGAAUGACAACAGCCCCAAGUUUGAGAAUCUACGCUACGAGUAUUUCUUGAGAGAGGACACGUUGGUGGGGACCAGCUUCUUGCGCGUCGCUGCUCAUGACGAUGACUUUGGCUCCCACGCCGCCAUCACGUACUCCAUGUCGCCGCAGCAACCGGAGUACCUGCAGGUCAACCCGGUGACAGGAUGGGUGUACGUCAACCAGCCCAUCUCACAGACGGCCCACAUCACCAGAGAAAUCGUGGCCACAGACGGAGGAAACCGGAACUCGUCAGUGGAGCUCGCCGUCAUCAUCACCAAUGUCAAGAACCAGCCUCCGCAGUGGGAACAGGACAGUUACUACGUCACUAUCCCCGAGAACACGGCCCGAGACACCGCCAUCGUGACCGUCAAGGCGACCUCUCAGCUCGGCGACCCCAGGGUGACCUACAACUUAGAAGACGGGAUGGUUCCGGAAACGAAUAUGCCGGUCCGGUUUUACCUGUCUCCGAACCGCGAGGACGGAUCGGCCUCCAUUUUGGUGUCGGAGCCUCUGGAUUACGAGACGACGCCGUUUUUUUCUUUGAGAGUUCGGGCUCAGAACGUGGCGGCCGUCCCCCUCGCCGCUUUCGCCACCGUUUACGUCAACGUCACAGAUGUCAACGACAAUGUCCCGUUUUUCACGUCGUCCAUCUACGAGGCGUCGGUGACAGAAGGGGCUCAGAUCGGGACGUCCGUGCUGCAGGUGUCGGCCUUUGACAAAGACCUGGGGCUGAACGGAGAGAUCACGUACACUUUACUGAGCGACAGCAGCGGGGACCACAGUCUGUUCCGUAUGGACCCUGUGCUCGGGGUCAUUUACACUGAGGCGGUGUUUGACCGGGAGGCGCGCGGCUCCUACCUGCUGGAGGUCCAGUCUGAGGAUGGACAGGAGUCUGCUCGCCCCGGGAAAAACAAACAACCAAACUCAGACACAGCGUAUGUGCGGGUUUUCAUCAGCGACGUCAACGACAACAAACCGCUCUUCGCUCAGAGGCUGUACGAAGUUGGCGUCGACGAGGAUGCAGAUGUGGGCCUGACUGUUGUCACUGUUAGCGCUAAUGACGAAGAUGAAGGAGCCAAUGCCAAGCUGCGCUACCAGAUAACGUCAGGGAACAAAGGUGGCGUUUUUGACAUCGAGCCAGAAGUGGGCACCAUUUUUAUCGCUCAGCCGUUGGAUUACGAGCAGCAGAAACGCUACAAGCUGCUGGUCCUGGCCUCGGACGGCAAGUGGGAGGACUACGCCGCCGUGGUGGUCACCGUGGUUAAUAAGAACGAUGAAACGCCGGUGUUCUCGAUGAACGAGUACUACGGCUCGGUCACGGAGGAGCUGGACGGGUCGCCUGUGUUUGUGCUGCAGGUGACGGCCACUGACCCAGACAAAGACGCCGACCAGGGGGCAAUCCGCUAUUCUAUCCACGGGCAGGGCGCUGAGUCACAUUUCAUGAUCAAUGACCUGACGGGGGAGAUGUACGCCCAACGCACCAUGGACCGAGAGGAGCGCGCUGUGUGGCGCUUCGUCGUCAUGGCGACCGAUGAGGAAGGCGAGGGUCUUACGGGCUUCACUGACGUUAUAAUCAAUGUGUGGGACAUCAAUGACAACGCGCCCGCCUUCUCCUGCGCGCCGGAUAACUGCCACAGCAGCGUUCCGGAGAAUUCCCCUCCCGGAACGUUCGUUGUGGAAAUGACAGCCGUGGACCUUGACGACGCGGCUGUCGGACAAAACGCUAUCUUGACGUAUAGGAUUAUCGAGAACGCUUAUAAUGAAAACAGUCUGCAACUUUUCGCGAUGGAUUCCAGCACCGGCACCAUAUCGGUAUCGGCUGAGGGUUUGGACAGGGAGACGGCCGAAAGUCACCUCUUGGUCGUGGAGGCGCGGGACGGCGGAGGCAUGACGGGCACUGCCACCGCGACUGUGAUGGUCACGGACAUCAACGACCACGUGCCAAAGUUUGGAGAGGACUGGUGCGGCGCCCGGAUCCCUGAGAGCGCCAGCGUCGAUGCUUCAAUCCUGGAUCUGAGCGCGCUGGACCCUGACGCCGGCACUUACGGGCAGGUUGCGUUUAGUAUCGUGGCCGGAGACCCGGAGCAGAAAUUCUACAUGGUUAGCCACAGAUUGGAGAAGACGGGAACGCUCCGGCUGAGGAAGAGCGUGGACUUUGAGAAGGCGGCAGAUCAGAGGUUCAAUCUUACUAUCAAAGUCGAGGAUUCUGACUUUUCCAGCUUCAUUCACUGCGUGGUUCUAGUGGAGGAUGAAAACGAUAACGCUCCGGUUUUUGACCCCGUCUCUCACCUUCUCUCUCCCGUUCGCGAGGAUGUAGCCGUGGGCACGAGCGUUAUCCAAGUCGUAGCUACCGACUUGGAUUCAGGCUUGAACGGAGAUAUUUAUUACAGCAUUCUCCCCAGAUCCGACCCGUACGGACAUUUCGCGGUGAGCCGAGCCGGGGUGGUUACGGUGACUAGGCCGCUGGAUAGAGAGGCGGCGGCGGGUUACGAUCUGGUCGUCAUGGCGACAGAUAGGGGCACACCGGGCCUUACUGGCAGCGCCACGGUCCACUUGCAGCUGUUGGACAUGAACGACAACGGGCCGGAGCUGGAGACGGAGUACGUGCCCGUGUUGUGGGAGAACAGCCCCACUCCUCAAGUCGUCUGGCUCAACAGCAGCACAAAUCUGCUUUAUGUCGUGGACCGGGAUUCGGCGGAAAACGGGCCUCCCUUCGCCGUCUCCCUGCCCUCGCAUUACUCCGGCGACUUCCACCUCCAAGACCACGGGAACGGCUCGGCGACGCUCACGGCCCUGCGUAGAUUUGACAGGGAGAGGCAGAGGGAGUUUCAUUUGCCCGUCAUUAUGAUUGACAGCGGCCGUCCUCCAAUGACAUCAACCAGCACGCUCACCAUCACCAUCGGAGACCAGAACGAUAACGCGCAUCAGGCCGGGGAGAAAGAUGUUUAUGUGCACAGUCGCAAAGGGAGAAUGGCGAACGCGGCGCUCGGGAAGGUGUACGCCCCAGAUCCGGAUGACUGGGACAACAAGACCUACACACUGGAAGCCAACGCAGCCAAGUACUUCAGUUUGAACCAGAGCAGUGGAGAGCUGACCCUGCGACAGAACACUCCCGUGGGCAGCUACUGGCUCAGAGUCGGGGUGUCUGACGGGGUCUGGCCUGACGUUAUGUCUGGGGUCAGAGUGCACAUCAGGGAGCUGGGGGAAAAGGCGAUACAGUCGUCUGCUUCACUGCAACUGUCAGGCAUUACAGCCAGAGAUUUUAUCGACUCCCGCGGCGAGGGCAAGAGCCGGCUGGAGAUGUUCUGGGACUUCCUGUCUGAAGCUCUGUCCGUCAAAGCAUCGAGCAUCAACGUUUUCAGCGUAGCGGACAGAGGAGAGAAAGUAGUGGACAUUCAUUUCUACGUGCUAACGGAUCAGAGCUACGUUCACCCAGAGAAACUGCACGGUGUCCUGGCUGCACAUAAAAAGCAGCUGCAGUCUCUCCUGAGGGUGGGGGUGAGGCAGGUGCAGGUGGAUGAGUGCAUUCACGCAGACUGCAGAGCUUCCGGCGGCUGCUCCACCGCCCUAACCGUCAGCGACACCCCCGCCGUGGUCGACUCGGGCGCCCUGUCCCUGGUGUCAGUCAAGGUGUCGACCGCAGCUGUCUGUGGGUGCUCCGCCAGGGAAAUGACACGCCGGGCCUGCUCCUCCUACCCCACCAACCCCUGUCUGAACGGAGGAACCUGCGUCAACACCCAGAACGGAUACAGGUGCCAGUGCCCCCCGCAGCUGGAGGGCCCUGACUGUCAGCAGACGAGACUUAGUUUCCUUGGCAACGGCUAUGCCUGGUUUCCCCCUAUAAGGCCGUGCUUUGAUAGCCAUCUCUCACUGGAGUUUAUGACAGAAGAGGAUGACGGACUGCUGCUCUAUUCCGGCCCGUUGGCGACGCUGAUGCCGGGGGACGGCGAGGACUACAUGGCCAUAGAGCUAAUUGCCGGGUCACCCACCCUGAAAAUCAAUCACGGCUCUGGAACUCUGGUUCUCCAAUUAACAAAAAACGUGGCCGACAGACGGUGGCACCGGCUCGACGUCAGGAGCAACAGUAAAGAAGUCCGCUUCACCCUGGAUCGAUGCUCCAGUGCUAUCGUCAUGGAAACGGAAGGUGUGGACCCCUGGGCCAUGACGGAGGACCGUUCAUCGUGCGAAAUCCGAGGGGUGACGCCCAACAGAGACAAGUAUCUGAAUGGAAGCCGUGUCCUGCAACUCGGAGGGGUCAACGAGAACAUCACGUACGAAUACCCCCAACUGCAGUACAAGCACUACAGCGGCUGUGUGCGCAACCUGCUCCUCGACAGCCAGCUGUACGACCUUGGCUCCGCGGCCGAAUCCACCGACACGAUUCCGACCUGCUCCCUCGACGACGACCCGUGCGACGACAAGGAGCCGCUCCCUUCGUGCGGCAGCAGGGGGCGCUGUAGCGGUGAACGGAGCUCCUUCAGCUGCCUGUGUGAGGCCGGAGUCUCGGGACCCAAGUGUGAGAAAGCCCCCGAGUUUUCCUUCGACGGACGCAGCCACAUCCAGUUCCAGUUCCUGUGGUCGCUCCCGGCGCGGCAGACUCGGGUCCAGGUGGGGGUCCGGACUCGCUCCUCCUCCGGCGUCAUCCUCAGCCUCCUCUCCCAAGAACAGAACGAAUACCUGCGUUUAGAGGUUACUCAAGGUCUUCUGGCCGUUUUCUACAACCUCGGCGACGGAGACUACAACGUGACUCUCCGCUCGUUUCGCCUGAACAACGGCGAGUGGCACGAGGUGGAGCUGGAGCGCGUCGGCCGUGAGUUCGCCCUGCGCGUGGACGGCGGCGGGGGGAGGCGCGAGGUCACCGCUUCUCCCGGCCGCAGCCACGAGAUCAUCGUCGACUCGGGGCUGGUGAUGCUCGGCAACUCCUUUCCGUCAGGACACAACCGCAGCUUCCUCGGCUGUUUGCGGGAUCUGAGGUUCAACGGGCGUCCGAUCCCCCUGGACGUGGAGCGGCGCACGGAGGGACUCGCGGUGGUCACGUCCCAGGGCGUCUCCGCGGGCUGCUCCUCGGACGCCUGCGGGAAACACCAGUGCUCCGCCCCCCUGGUCUGCGUGGACCUGUGGAGACAUCACGAGUGCAGAUGCCCUCCCGGACACCUGACCAAAGAGAGCCCCGUGGGUAAAGUGUGCGUCUACACUUUGUGCGCCAACCGCCCCUGUCGACACGGCACCUGCGUCCCGCACUCGCCCUCGCGCUACUCGUGCCACUGCAGCCAGGGCUACAGGGGGCGCCACUGCGAAGUCGCCCUGGCGCUGUUCCACGACGAGGGCAACAGUCUCAGCCUCAGCUCCAUGUUCGCCAUCAGCAUCUGCGUCAUGGCGUUUCUAGUGUUGAUGCUGGGCCUGUUCCUGUACUCCUGCUGGAGGAGACACAAGGGGCUGAAAGAGGGCGUGUACCAUGUGUCGGCGCAUCACGGCGAGUGGGAGGACAUCCGGGAGAAUGUGCUUAACUAUGACGAAGAGGGCGGAGGCGAGCAGGAUCAGAACGCCUUCAACAUGGUCGAGCUGCAGCGUUCCCUCCAGGCCAGCCCGGCGCAGUCUCUCCGCUACAGCUACCCGCAAAGCAUCAUCUCCUACCCCAACUCCAAACAGUCCCAGGACAACAACAACAAGAAGACCUUACCCAACGGGACCGGAAACGCCGCCAUUGCCUUGCGCCUCGCCAUCCCGCCCUCGGAGACAGAGACCUUACCCUCGCCUCUGACUUUCCGGCGUUCCCAAAAAACUCUGUCCUUCUCCAGUCAGGAUUUGGCCCGCUACCUGUGCGAGGUCAUCAGGGACACGGAUCACCCGGGGGAGCUGGGGACCAUGACCACGCCGCGCCGUCCCAAAGCCAAAGAGCGGGGUCUGGCCGCCGUGCGCUCCCUCAGCUCCUUAAGUGCGUCUCAGGGGUCGGAGGUGAAGCAGCAGAGCGCGAGGAUGGACAGGUUUAAAACGCUCAAAGCCGUGGUGAGCGAUUUGAGAGGAGGGGGCGACGCCGACAGGGCCAAGGAGAGCAGGGGCCAAGUCAACUGUGAGAAGAGCGGCUGAGGCUGAGUAAACGCGCCGCUGAGGACGGACACAAGGGGGCGCUGUGCCGGUCCAAAGGGAGAUCAUUAAAACCCAAACAGACUGGAGCUG